AUGAGUAUUCACGAGGUGAGACAAGGAAAUAUCGUUGAAUACGAAUCAUGAAGCCGCCCGCGCCAAACUGUCGCCAACUGACCAUACACACAUGAUAAUCCUCUUAUCUUAUCGCAUCGCCAAACACAAAAAAAAAGAAUAAGAAGUGGGGGGAGACGGGAAAAUCAUCGGACACCGAUAGGCUUGUUUUGAAAUUCGAAGUCUAGUUUUGUGCUCAUUCUCUCUCUCUCUCUCUCUUUCGGAGAGAGCAAGAAUGCGAAGCCUCUCCUCGUGUGGACUGACGCAGUUUGCACGUCUGUUUGAGAGAACACACACGGAAGGAGUCACGUGUGGCGGGUCGCGAAUUACGAUUUUUGUACUUUCGGACCGGACUGCGAAAAGAAGAUUUCUCGGAAAUAUGAAACUGAAACCGUAGAGACACAACUUGCCAAACUUCACGAAACGUUUAAAAGCAAUAAGAAAUUCACAAGGGAAUGCUUAGAAGCAAAGUUGGCCUUAUGGGCCGUAACUGACAUGGUUCAAUAGCUUGUACCAAGAGGAUCAGUUGUUUCCGAAUACAAUGAUAACAAGAGAGUUCACGCGACUGUUACGAGAGGAGAAAAUUGCGUAAAAUACAGGAUUUCAGUGAAAAUAUUCCAGCGCCAUUUUCUCGAAAUCCAGGUGUUGGCAGCAAAAAUUAUCAACAGAACAUUUUAUCCUCUUGGUACAAGCUAUCGAACCUUGUCAGUCACGGCCCAUAAGGCCAACAUUGCUUCUGACCAUUUCCUAGUCUGCUUAUGAAGCUCUAAUGUGACAGUAGCUCUAGAGAAAGUGAUGAGAAAACAUGCAAUUCGGCGGACGUCAUGUUGUUUGCCGAAAGAUUACCACCGAGAGACCGACAGUAAUCCAAUUCACGCGAAAGAAAACAGUGGAAAAGCUCAUUUGAGACAGAUGUUUGCACAUAGAAAAAAGAGAUUGCGAACAGUUUAGAGAACGUUCGGAAGUUGUUCCAGCCAGAGAGAAUAGAUCAAAAUAACACAAAGUCUGCCGAGUUGGUGCCUCUUUUAUUUGGGGUGACCCCUCCCCUUAAAGUACACAGUGUGUCACUUACACGAAUGAUUCAUCCAUCAUCAAAAGUUGACCUCAUCAACAAACAAAAGUGAGGUGGCGGCCACUCUUUAGCAGCGAGGUGUGAAAUCUUGCGAAAAGACCCGAGAGGGCGGCGAGACGAAUUUGAAUGAAUCACUUGCGGUGCUCAAUGGAGCACAAUGGAGUCCGCAUUUUCUUUCGGAAUAGGGCGAGGCUAAAAGCGGCGAGGGGCGCCGACGUCAAAAAUGGAAAUAAACAUGCUUCCGGUUUUCAGGGAAACGUCGUCGAGAUGAUCGUGUGUGCCACCGGAGUGCCCACGCCGACCGUCAAAUGGUACAAGGAUGGACAAGAGAUUGUGGGAGACGGACCGGACGGAAAGAGAGUCAUCUUCACGGAUGAGCGAGGAAUCCACCACUUGGUCAUUGUGAAUGCGAGCCCGGAUGACGAGGGAGAGUACUCCCUUGAAGCCACCAACAAACUGGGAUCCGCGAAAACCGAAGCAUCGCUGAACAUCAUCAGACCGAGACACGUGGCAGACAAGGACGACAGGGGAGGAAUGCCGUUCCCGCCUGGAUUCGUUCGUCAGCUCAAGAACAAGCACGUCUUCAACCAUAUGCCGACCAUCUUCGACUGUCUCGUUGUCGGGCACCCAGCUCCGGAAGUCGAAUGGUUCCACAACGGAAAGAAGAUCAUUCCGGGAGGACGCGUCAAGAUCCAGGCUUGUGGAGGAGGCUCACACGCCCUCAUCAUUCUGGACACGACCCUCGAAGACUCGGGAGAGUACGUUGCCGUCGCGAAGAACUCGCACGGAACCGCCAGCUCAUCCGCCGUUUUGGACGUCACCGUUCCAUUCCUGGACAGCAUCAAGUUCAACGGAGAGAUCGAUGUGACUCCAUACCUCACCGAAGAGUACGGAUUCAAGAAAUUGAACACCGCCAGCCUGCCGACGCCACCGGACCGUGGUCCGUUCAUCAAAGAAGUCACUGGACACUACCUCACGCUCUCCUGGAUUCCAACGAAGAGAGCUCCGCCACGCUACCCGCAAGUCACGUAUGUCAUUGAGAUUCGUGAGCUGCCAGAAAAGGAAUGGACUCUUCUGGACUACAACAUUCCGGAGCCAGUGUGCAAGGUCCGCAACCUGGAACUCGGAAAGUCCUACCAAUUCCGUGUCCGUGCUGAGAACAUCUAUGGCAUCUCGGACCCGUCGCCAGCUUCUCCACCAUCCAGACUGAUGGCCCCACCACAGCCAGUGUUCGACAGGAGAACCAACAAAGUCAUUCCGUUGCUCGACCCGUAUGCGGAAAGAGCUCUCGACCUGAAGUAUGCCGAGCAGUACGCGUGUGCUCCGUGGUUCGCUCCGGGAGUCGUCGAGAAGAGAUACUGCGCCGAGAAUGACACACUCACUAUCAUCCUGAACGUCUCCGGAUUCCCGGAUCCAGACAUCACGUGGAAGUUCCGUGGAUGGGAUAUUGACACCUCCUCGCCGACCUCCAAAUGCAAGGUCUACACCUACGGAGGCACGGAAACGACGCUUGCCAUCACCGGAUUCAGUAAAGAAAACGUGGGACAAUACCAAUGUUUCGCGAAGAACGAAUACGGAGAUGCACAGCAGAACAUUCUUGUGGAUCUUGCAAGUAAGCAAAUAAUUUCAGAUGGCAGUCAGAUAAAAUUAUAAUUUCAGCACGGCCGAACUUCAUCCAGCCACUCGUCAACAAGACAUUCUCGUCGGCUCAACCGAUGCGAUUGGACGUGCGAGUGGAAGGAGAGCCGUUCCCAGAACUGAAAUGGAUGAAGGUGAGUAUUAUAGGCUCACUUGUCUCAAUAUCCUCUAAUUUGCGCAUUCCAGGAAUGGCGCCCGAUCGUCGAGUCUUCCCGCAUCAAGUUCGUUCAAGACGGACCCUACCUCUGUUCUUUGAUCAUCAACGAUCCGUUGUGGAGAGAUUCCGGAAUCUAUUCGUGUGUCGCUGUCAACGACGCCGGACAGGCCACCACCUCGUGCACAGUUACAGUUGAAGGUGGGCUCAUUCGUGAGAAACAUGAAAAACAACUCUUGAUUUUUUCAGCGGAAGGCGAUUACAACGACGUCGAACUACCACGUCGCCGAGUGACGAUCGAGUCGAAACGAGUGCGCGAACUCUACGAAAUCUCCGAAAAGGACGAAAAGUAAUCGAAAAUGUCCCCCCAGAAUCUUUCAUCGAAACGCCAUUUUCUUAUUCUUUUUCUUCUCCCAAACUACAAAAGUAUAUGUAUCAAGUGCUGUUUUCUAUUUCAUCUGUCUUUUUCUAUUACACUGUAAUCUUCAUGACUUUUCAACCGAACCGACUCGGAAAAUGAGAUGAAGUGCCCAAUCGUCUCAUUUCCGCUCUGAAAAGUCUGAAAAUUCCAGUCAUUUUUUUUCUGUCACUUAUACCGGUUAAUUGAGACCUAUUUCGAUUGUUUUCCAGUGCCCUAAGCCCCCAGCCAGUAGUGAAAUCCCAUGCUGUUCACACCGAUUCGAAACUUCACCCAGUCCACUUACCCCAUUUUCUUUUCUAUGUACCCGGUAGUCAUUUCCGUCUAGCGAAAGCUCAUCUCAAGUCGUGAAUUCCACGUGGAAAAGUGCCCAAUUGCCACGUGGCUUCGCAUGACUCCCCCGUGCCCAAUGACCAACUUUCGUUUGCUCAAUUCGUUUUUCAUCAUCUGCCCUUUUUCUUUUUCUUUUCAUUUUCAGCGAUCAUAUCACUUUGUCUUCCCCCCAAUCAAAAUAAAGAUUGACUAACUUCUUCCCACCAUGUGUCCAAGUCAUGUCCACGUCAAAGAGCACUAACCUAGUCAGUAGCCACCGGGGGAAAGAGCCGAGCCCGGCCGGAAGAGUCCUCAAAAGGGACUCUGCCGGACGGAACGCCCUUUUCCCAUGUCCUUUUCGUCUUGUGUCGGUGAUCGUUGUCUCGCGGCGGCUCGGCCAUUCGUUCCGAAGCUUCCGCCUUCUUUUUGUGUCAUUCUUUGAUUUUUCAGCGAGUUUUAUUUGAUUCUUGGAAGUGCUCUUGAAUGAUAAUCCUCAUUUAUUAUCAGAUAAAAUUACAGAUUACAAAAAUGUCGGCUUCUUGGAAUCGUCUGGAAACAUCCUUGAUCGGGAGCUGAAUCUGAAAAAUCUGGAAUGUGGGAAAAUCGUGAAAGAGCACUUCCGAGAAAGGCCCCGGCUGAAAAUGAAAAGAAUGGCGGAAAAGGGCGGGUGAUUCGGGAACGUUUCCGUCCGCCAACUGCAAUUACCACCAGCGUCCAGUGUCCCAGUCUCUGAGCUUUAGAACCGAUUCAAACGUGACUGAGUUUAGGAGAAUUUAGACUAUAAAUAGGUCGAAAGUUACGUAGGAAAUGUAGGCCCUAGGACCCUCGAUUAAUCUCACUGACGCUGGUGGUUGAUUGCAGAUUGGCGGCCGAUGGAGCACCGUUUCGAGUCAGCGAAAAAGCGACCGGACGAGAGUUUUUGGCUCAACUGAGACCAAUUGAUGAUGCACUGCUCCGCCACGUGGACAUCCACAAUUCGUUGGAUCAUCCCGGAAUUGUGCAAAUGCAUAGAGUGCUUAGAGAUGAAAAACUGGCACUCGUGGUCUUUGAAAGGUGGGUUUACCGAGAAGGAUAGGCUGGUUUCAGGGUGAGAAAUAGGGAAAAGAAGAUCAUGAAUGCGGCUGGAGAUCGUAUAGAACUUAUGAAGAAUACGCAGAAAAUGGAGCCAAAGUCACCGGGAAAACGGUAGAAAAAGCCAACAACUGAUUCUUCUGUGCAUAGUAAUCUUCGGCUCAAAUCAAAACGAGGGAAAAUGUGUAGGGCGCUGAGCCAGUUGGUGGCCGAUCGCAUUGAAUAAUUCUCAGGGGCGAACGUAUUUCGAAAUGAGUGUAAGAAUGGAAUAAAAACAGAUGUGCGCAGUGACUGCUCGCCCACUUUUAUCGCCCUCUCCGUCCCCCCUUCGCCUUCUGUUUUUCCUUCCGUCGAAUCAUUUCAAUAUGUGUUUGAUCCCUUCGGUUUUAUGACUUGGUCCAGCCCGAUAGAUGUACGAAUCUACUACAAUUGUUAUCCUGGGACCAUGUUUCAUAUUAUAGACGAUUGGUGAGUAUGUAUGGCGUGGCAAUCGGUGGGUAUUGUAGUGACGUCACUUGACACCUCCAACCUAUACGAACGUAUCCCCGUCUGGGCUCCCCAACUGAGUGACAUUUCGAAACACUCGGCUCCCACCUCUUUCUCUCCGAUUCUCUCAGCUCCAUGCACUCUUUCGCCUGUUACAAUGACAAGAUGUUUUCCCUAUCAGUAGUCUGAGCCUCCGAGAUGUGUGUGCUCUUCGAGCACGCUCGCAGCAACUGAGCAAUUUGCCAAUGGGUUUUUUUGACACAAAGAUAAAUGAGAAGAUAUGAUAGGGUGUCAGAGAUAAAAGAAUCGGGGGAGAAGAGAGAGGGACUCAUGCCUACGGGCUAUAGCUUCUGUCUCUCUGGUUCCAUGGUUUCGUAAUAAUGGUGAGGAUCACAAUCACUGGGUGAGUAUGCGGGUCAUCAGGUUCCAUUAAACAAUUAAACAAGUCCCGAAGCUCUAUUUUCAGCGCCAACUCAACCAUCGACGGCCUCUCCAGCCUCACGCAUCCAGGAGUUGACCUCGCGGAACCGAAAGGCGUCAACCGGGAAACAUGUGUGCGAGUGUUCGUCCGUCAACUUCUUCUCGCUCUCAAACACAUGCACGAUCUGCGAAUCGUCCAUCUGGAUCUCCGUCCCGAGACCAUCCUUCUCCAGGAUGACAAGUUGAAGUUGGCCGAUUUCGGACAGACCCGACGCUUGCUGCGUGGCCUGAUCACUGGAGAAAUCAAGGGAUCGCCCGAGUUUGUGAGCCCUGAAAUUGUGAGAAGCUAUCCAUUGACACUGGCCACUGAUAUGUGGAGUACUGGUGUUCUCACCUACGUUCUGUAAGCAAACUUAUCAGCCAAUAGUCUUCAGUACCUCCACUUUUCAGACUCACCGGUUCGUCUCCAUUCCACGGCGACAACGACAGUGAGACUCUUUCGAAUGUCGACCGCUGCCAGUUCGACACUUCUCCCCUCGGAAACUUCUCUUAUGAUGCUGGCGACUUUGUGCAGAAGUUGCUCAUGGAAAUUCCAGCUCACCGCCUGACAGUCGACGAAGCGCUCAAUCAUCCUUGGAUCAACGACGAGAAGCUGAAGACAGAACCGCUGUCGGCCGACACUUUGCGCGAAUUCAAAUAUCAACACAAAUGGCUGGUUAGUUAGUUGCCCAAUCCGUCGUCGGUUCAUCCGAUCAGUUGGAUUGUGUGCUCUCUUCGUUCCGAAAGAGCACACAAUACACACCAACUUCACUUUUCUCCCCCCUUAGCUGCCGCGUUUUUUGCCAAGAUUCGAUUGCAUUUCAUUGCAGGAACGUCGUGUGUUCGUGCAGCAGACGCCGUCGGAGCAGAUUCUCGAAGCGAUCCUCGGUCCGGCGACUGCUCGCGCGCAGCAGAAUGCUCCUGUAGCGCCCGAAGGACGACGGCCCGCCGAGAUCUACGACUACUUGCGCGUACAGCCUCGCAAGCCGCCUCCGACUGUUGAGUACGUGCCGCAACCGCGAAAAGAGCAUCCGCCGUUCAUCGACGAGUUCGGACAGCUCAUCGACGGAGGCGCAUUCGAACGACCCGAGGGAACUGGCUUCGAAGGUCCCGACAGGUGAGAUUUCUGUUUUCUUCUCCAUGAGGUAUAUUCAUUUGCAGACUACCUCCACCAGUACCUCCUCAACCACAACGACCGAAUCAGCCAGUUCACGAUUCUAGAAGAUUCGAACAGCCUCAAGGUCCCCCACAGAAAAUUCCAGUCGACCAAUACGGUAACCUAUUUCUCAAACUAAAUUCUAGAAGCGCAUACAUACGUUCAGGCCGUCCACUAGUGGAUCCCCGAUAUCUGAACGAUCCGGCCCAUCGGCCGAGCAGUCUUGACGACGCUCCAUUCUACGUGGAUAAGUACGGUCGUCCGGUGUACAUUGACGAGUUCGGAAGGCCAAUGGCUCCGCAAAAUGUUGAGAAGAGGAAGCUCAUUCCGCAGGACAAGGGAGAAACGCCGUCCCGAUCGAAGAAGGAGAAGACUUUGACCCCGACGUCUACUCCGAUUCUGGAGCAGGGCAAAGAAGAGCAGCCGAAGGUGCCGAUCAGAAUGAUCAGAGGCGAACGACGAGAGAUCGAGGAAGAGAUUGCCAAUCGGAUUCUUUCGGACAUUUCCGAAGAAGGUUCAAUAGCCGGCUCACUCGCCAGUCUGGAGGACUUUGACAUUCCCAAGGUGACGAGAGGGUGACAUGUGCGGGGAGACACAUAAACUUGAUGUGUUUCCCAUCUUUCAUGGGGGAUGUAAUCCGUAUGCAUCUCAUCCGUAAUUCUUCCGUUUCCAUUGACCCCUUCUCUUGUAUUGCAGGACUUCCAAGUUGAAGCUUCCGAGCCCUCCACGCCUACAUUGACUCCAGAAGUGACGAUCCGCGAGACUGUUCCCAAACCGACCCCAUCCCCAUCCACUCCCCAAAGGUCUCCGAUUCCGCCACAAGAGGGAACCGUCGUUCCGCCAAAAGUCACCUAUCCGGACACUGUUCUUGCCGGGCUUCCAGACGCCGAUAAAAAGGUGAGACACUUUGAAAGCAAACAAAAUGAGUAUAACUGGUAUAUCCGGGAGGGUCAGCAAACGAAGAGAGAGCACGCGACGGCGGGCGAGCAAACGAUUCGGGGGGAAAGAGCUCUUCAAAAUCCGCGCACAAACUGAGUUGGCGAGCGAGACAAGCAAUGAAGUGAACCUACUUGUUAGAGGAAAAAAAGAAAUGGGUGGGAGCGGGAGAGCACCGCAGCCCCCGUCUUACUUUUUGCCCCCUCUUCAAGUGCGUAGGUGGCAAGACUGUGCAUUUUCCAUCGAUUUUCACAGUUUUUUUUCCCCUGUUCGAAAAUCAAAUUUUUCUCUGUGCAUUUCCACGUCUCACGAUCGCUCUCUCUCUCUCUCUUCGAAACGACUGAAACUGCAGAAUGAGCUCAACGGAAGGUUCUCGCCCGAUGAGCCCUUCGGUGGCUCGUCCCACAACCAUGCUCAUCUCGCCGUCGCUCCGCGUCAACGGCGUCACCAGCAACGGCGGCGGCGUCAAAAUCUCGUGCAUUGACCGUAAAAUAGAGCAAAAGCUGCUAAACACCGAAAAGGUGGGCAAGCCGCCCGGAAAACUGGCGCGAAAAAAGAAAUCUGAGGGUGCCGUCGCGGAAAUUCAGCGGCCUGAUGCGAUUCGGAUAGACGAGGUAUCCGGAUGGAAGAGAAAAAAAAACGCACUGCACUGGGGACAGACGCACUGCUAAACCGCACCGAACAGAAACUAACCUUUUCAAGAUUCUCAAAUCUUCCCUUCCAAUCGUUUUGUCUUCAGAUCCUCGAAGACGCGGAGAACGACCCGUCCAUCCCAGUGGGAGCUCCGUUGUUCCUCGAAGGACUUCACGGCGGCGACCUGACCAUCGACACUACUUCGGCUUCCGGACUCAUCAAAGUCACUUCUCCAGCCGUCACGCUCAGCCCGAAUCUAAAGUCUCCACGCAGAUCCACUCCAGGAACGAAGAGUCCGGUGAUGCUCAGUCCGAGACAGGAGCAUUCGAUGGAAGUUUUGAUUGCCACGAAGAGAGGAAAACCAGGAUUCCUUCCGCCGGGAGAGCUCGCUGGAGAAAUAGACGAUGAGGAUGCAUUCAUGGAUGACAGAAGGAAACAAGUGAAGCCGAAGGACCACGACGGAAAGGACGACUUCAGAGAUGAAAAGGAACGCUUGGAGAGGGACAGGAACAGAAGAGCCGUCAAUUUGGAUGACCUGGAUAAGUACCGUCCGGGUAACUUCUACAAAGAAGACAAUGAUUUCGGACAUCCAGGAUACGAUGUGGAUGAUUGCCCGUGGGAUUCCCAUUACCAGGUUCUUAUUCUCACACUGAGAUUAUUCUAAUUCUACUUGUCUUUAGAUCGGACCAGACACGUAUCUGAUGGCCGCCCGUGGUGCUGCAUUCAACUCCCGCGUCCGCAAUUACCGUGAAGAGCUCUUCGGAGUCGGCGCCCCGACUGUCAAACAAGGAUUCCUCGGUGUCCGCAACCGUGACAUCACUGUCCGUGAACGUCGUCGUUACACUGACAUCCUCAGAGAGUCCACUCAAGGAUUGGAGCCAAAGUCCCACGAGAACUCGACGGCUCUUCAGAGAGCUCCAUCGAGCGGAGCCAUUGAGAGAAUCAAGGCAGAUAUCGGAAAAGUGACCCCAUGUGCCACGAGGAAGAAUGCCGAUGGAAGUGAGUACCCCUGAAAUUUCCCUUGAAAAGGUUUCAAUUCCCAAUUCAGCGUUCGCUCCUAUCUUCACAUCUCGACUCCGUGACGCCUAUCUUCGCAAGAACCAUACUGCCGUAUUCGAGUGUUCAGUGGCCGCCAGCCCAGCUCCGAAAGUCAUUUGGGAUUUCCAAGGAAAGAUUCUGGAGUCCAACGACAGAAUCAAGAUCGAGCAGGACCACAACUUUGCACGUCUCACAAUUCACAAUCCGGCCCCGUACGACCUUGGAGAGUACGUAUGCUCUGCCACGAACGAAUUUGGAACCGACAAAUCCAGUUGUCGGAUGAUCAGUGGAGAGACUCCGUCCCGCCCGGGAAGGCCGGAAGCCGAACUCUCCUCCGAUACGGAAAUCUUCAUCCAAUGGGAAGCUCCCGAAGGACCGACCUAUCUGGAAGGAAUCACCUACCGUCUGGAGUACCGCCUAGCCGGACCAAAUGAUAAUGGAGCUCCAUGGAUUACGAUUUCGGAGAGAAUUGACGAUGAGUCAGUUGUUGUCAAGCACCUGACUCCGCUCGGAAUCUACCAGUUCCGAGUGACUGCUCAGAACGGAUUUGGUCUCGGAUUGCCCUCAUUGAGCAGCAGAAUUGUGCAAACGCACGGAAAGGGAGCUCCGAAGCUGCAGAUCGACGUGCUGAAGUCGGAGAUCAGAUUGAACGUCGUGUCAAUGCCGCAGAAGUCCACGAGCCAAUUGGGUGGAAUCUCGGAGGAAAGUGAAGAGGAUUCGGAAUCAAGGACCGCGAACAAGGACUUGAAGUCCAACUUGCAGUUGCAGACGGCUGAUCCGAGUGGAAGAUUCCAGGUAAGAAAAGAAGUUCAGGCUCCGAAUUAGUCGUCUUCUUUUAGAUUGCUGGUCUCAAAUUCAAGGGCCGUUUCUCCGUGAUCCGAGACGCCGUCGACUCCACAACCGAAGGCCACGCCCACUGCGCCCUCAAGAUCCGUCAUCCAUCUUUAGAUGCGGUCGCAGAAUACGAAUCCCUUCGUGACGGACAGCACGAGAACGUGCAACGUCUGAUUGCCGCUUUCAACCACAACAACUUCCUGUUUUUGUUCACGGAACGACUCUACGAAGACGUCUUCUCCCGAUUCGUUUUCAAUGAUUAUUACACCGAAGAACAAGUGGCGCUGACGAUGAGACAGGCCACUUCUGCAUUGCACUUCCUGCAUUUCAGAGGGUAACUUGACCAUAGAAAUGUCUGCGAAACAGUUCUCGAUUUCAGAAUUGCUCACUUGGAUGUGAAUCCACACAACAUAAUGUUCCAAUCAAAACGCAGUUGGGUUGUGAAGCUCGUCGAUUUCGGAAGAGCCCAGAAGGUGUCGUCGGCUGUGAAACCAGUCGAAUUCGACACAAAAUGGGCGUCCCCGGAGUUCCACAUUCCGGAGACUCCGGUCACAGUUCAAAGUGACAUGUGGGGAAUGGGAGUGGUCACGUUCUGCCUGUGAGUUACCCUUCAGCUCUCACUCCAAAUAACUUCUGAUUCAGCCUCGCCGGAUUCCAUCCGUUCACUUCUGAAUACGACAGGGAAGAGGAGAUCAAAGAGAACGUGAUCAACGUGAAAUGCGAUCCGAACCUGAUUCCGGUGAACGCUUCGCAAGAGGCGCUCUCGUUCGCCACGUGGGCUCUCAAGAAGUCGCCCGUCCGGAGAAUGCGAACCGACGAGGCGCUCUCGCACAAAUUCCUUUCCUCAGAUCCUUCUAUGGUUAGAAGGAGAGAAUCGAUCAAGUGAGUCUUCGGAAAUCCAUCAACUGUCUCCUCAAUCCAUUCGUUUUCCCUCUCAGAUACUCCGCUUCGAGACUCCGCAAACUCGCCGCCAUGAUCCGUCAGCCACAGUUCACUCGCCCGAUCAGCGACGAACUCGAGUCGAAAUACGGAAACUGA